UGUCGCUAUAAAUCUGCUAAAUUUGAGUCUUUGGACACCAGGCCAAUUCGCUGAAAGUCACAGGCAUAGUCACGCACGGAGAGAUGGAUGUGAAGUUGUCUAUAGAUGACCAGGAGAUUUGGAAGCAGAGAAGGCAGAGACUGGAAGCACUAAACCGGGCCUUCCCGAGCCAGCAACAGCACGAUCCUGCACAACACGACAAGAUUAUGGAUCCUGUGCUGUACUCGGCCGCGAAGAAAGGAGACGUCGACGAGUUCAUCAGAGCCCUGGAGGAUCAUUGCGCCAAGGAAAGAGUGUCGUUGCCCAUCCUUCUCAAGCUACAUAGCCCCUCCAAGAAUACAUUGCUUCACGCUGCAGCAGAGAGCAGCGAUGAUAUUGUCAGAGCGGUCAUCGAUUUCGUCCCUAAGCACUUGAUCUCCUGUCAAAACUCCAGAGGAGAGACGCCGCUUCACAUUGCGGCUAGAGCCGGGAAAGCCGGUGCAGUGAAGCUUCUCCUUCCUCGGGGGAACCCAACUUGCACUAACCACAGCGGCAACACCGCUCUGCACGAAGCAGUGAGGAAACACCGUUAUGAGGUGAUCUGUUGGCUGGUGAGUGAGGACCCCAAUACGCUGUAUCAUCAGAAUAAGGAAAGCAAGUCUCCAUGGUGCCUAGCAGUCGAAACAGGGGACUUGGAGGUUCUCGAGCUCUUGUUGAGAACGCCAAACGAUGGCGAAGACCAGAGUAGAUCAGAAAGUCAAAGGGUUUGCGGCAUGUCACCCGUUCAUGUUGCCAUUCUGCACAAGAGAAUGGAUAUGCUGAAGAAGAUGUGGGAAAAGAAGCCGUGGCUAUUUCAAUUGAGAGAUGCGGGAGACGGCACUCCACUCCACUUUGCAGCGUACGACAAUUAUCUCGAUGGAGUCAAGUUCUUGAUCAAGAAGUUUCCAACAAGCGCCCUGGAGCAAGACGGGAUGGGCUAUCUCCCUAUCCAUGUUGCCUGCAUAAGGGAUCGAGUCGGGAUCGUCAAGGAGCUACUUCAGCAGUGGAUAGACCCCGCAGAGUUUGCAGCUAGGCUAGGACAAAACAUUCUUCACGUGUCAGCGAGGCACGGAAGCAUUGCAACUGUCAAAUACAUACUGGCGAAUCCCAAAUUUGGUCACCUCAUAAAUGCAAGAGAUUUUGACGGGAAUACACCUCUGCAUCUGGCUGCGUUGCACUGCCAACCUUCGGUCCUGUUUCUUGCACGAGACAUAAAAGUUGAUCUUAAGCUGGUCAAUAACAAUAACAUGACGGCUCUCGACGUGGUAGAGCAGGACAAUAAAGUAAUUCCUCCUCCCCUUGGGAAGAGAUUUACGUGGAUAACUUUGGUAUCUGCCGGAACACGAAAAAGUGGAGAAUUAGCUAUCUGCAAGACAACCGGCCGGCACCCACGGAAACGACCUGAACCGAUGGGAUUGGAGAGAUAUAGGGACAUAGCAGAUUCUUUCGCGGUCGUGCUGGCGCUCGUGGCCUCUGUCACUUUCACUUCUGGUUUUUCCGUUCCCGGAGGAUAUAAUGGUUCUGAAGGAGAUGCUGGAAUCCCCAUAUUGCUCCACAAAGCCAUGUACAAUGUCUUUGUGAUUUGCAACUCCAUCGCCAUGUAUAGCUCGAUCACGGCGCUCGCAGUGCUCAUCUGGUACCGAGUUAAUGAUCCUUCCGUGGGGCAAACUGUCAUUUUCUUGUCAAUUCUCCCAUUAUGGACAACUCUUUUGGCAAUGCCUCUAGCAUUCAUGGCGGGCAUCUACGUGACAGUAUCCAAACUCACUUGGCUUUCUAUUUUUGGCUUGGUCUUGGGAUCUGUCGCCCUCCUCACUAUCUUCGAUAUCUUCAUGUUGAUACAUAUACCGCUUGGGUCCAGACAUCCUCUCAUUCGUCCGUUCACCGACACAGUGCUUCUUUUGGGUAUUUCAAUAUCAGGGGGAGACACUGCAGGGAGUGGGACUGCGGGACCUGCAGCUACAUCCGUGCCCACAGCUACAUCCAUCCAGGGCACUCGCGAUGAUAACCUACACCCCCCACUUGGAUAG